AUGAUGCUGGACACCAAGGGCCCCGAGAUCAGGACGGCCAUGCUCAGGGACCACAAGAACAUCCAGAUCGACAAGGGCCAGGAGGUCAAGGUGGUGGCUGUGGGCGCGGCCUACACCGAGUUCGAGGGCUUCAAGGACGAGGCCACUGGGGAGACCGUCAUCGGCCUCAGCUACGCCUCACUCUGCCAGCACGUCAAGCCGGGGGGCCGCAUCCUGAUGGCUGACGGCUCCCUGGCCAUUGAGGUUCGCAAGAUUCUGAGCGACACAGAGCUGGCAGGCGUGGCCCUGAACUCCAAGAGCCUGGGCGAGCGCAAGAAUUGCAACCUGCCGGGGGUGCACGUCGACCUGCCCGUGCUGGGGGAGAAGGACGUGGACGACGUGCAGGCCUUUGCUUGCAAGUUUGGCAUGGACCUGAUUGCUGUGAGCUUCGUGCAGAGCGCAGACGAUGUCAAGUUCGUGCGCAAGACACUCGACGACGCGGGGGGUCAGGGCAUCAAGAUCAUCUCGAAGAUCGAGAGCUGGCACGGCCUGAUCAACUACGACGAGAUCCUGGCUGUCAGCGACGGCAUCAUGAUUGCCAGGGGUGAUCUGGCUAUGGAGGUGCCGAGCGAGAAGGUGGCACUGGCUCAGAAGAUGAUGACUACUAAGGCUAACAUUGCCGGGAAGUUCGUCGUAACGGCCACCCAGAUGCUGGAGUCGAUGACGUCCAACCCCCUGCCAACGCGCGCCGAGAUGACUGACGUGGCCAAUGCGGUGUUUGACGGCACUGACGCCGUCAUGCUGUCGGGCGAGACCGCUGGCGGCAAGUUCCCCAUCAAGGCGGUCGAGACGAUGGCCGCCAUCGUGGCCAACGCAGAGGUCGGCGUGAACUCCUACCAGACGCUGUCCUUCAUCCGCGAGUUCACAGACCGCCCGAUGACGACGCUGGAGGCGUCCGCGGGCUGUGCGGCCAAGAGCGUGCUGGACGUGGACGCGGGGCUGGUGGUGCUGGCCAGCAGGGACCCGGCCUACGUGCGCUACGUCUGCAAGUACAGGCCACGGGUCCCCGUGCUGGUGGUGACCGACAGCCCCGCCGUCGCGCGCGCCUGCGCCCCCACCUACGCCGCGGUGCCCUACAUCGCGGACUCGAUGCCCAGCGGGCGCCGCACCUUUGAGGGGGAGAUGAUGCUGGAGCGCGCCGUGGUGUGGGCGGUGCAGGCGGGGCUGUGCCCUGCGGGGCAUGAGGUCGUCGUCAUCGAGGGCGUCGACGUGGGGCAGCACCGCUGCACCCCAAACAUCUCCAUCAAGGUCGCGCCGGGCCGCGCCGACAAGUACGUCAGCCCCAAGGGCAGCGCCUGGUACGCCAAGACCGUCAGCCUGCGCUCCACGGCCAUCUCCCUCGAGAACAUCCUGGACGUCCACCAGCACAGCGCCCGCAAGACCAAGAUUGUGUGCACCCUGGGCCCCGCCUGCUGGAGCCAAGAGGGCCUGUCUGCGCUGCUGGACGCGGGCAUGAACGUGGCGCGCUUCAACUUCAGCCAUGGCUCGCAGGAGAGCCACAAGGAGGUGCUGGACCGGCUGCGCGCCGUGGCCGCCCUGAAGGGCCGCAACAUCGCCUACCUGCUGGACACCAAGGGGCCGGAGAUCAGGACCGCGAUGCUCAAGGGCGGCAAGAACCUGGAGCUGCAGGCGGACCAGCGGGUGGUGCUGGAGGCAGUGGGCCCUGACUACCAGACGUGGGAGGGCGGCCUGGACUCGGACGGGGUGGCCCACAUCGGCAUCAGCUACGACAAGCUGUGCCAGAGCCUCAAGCCAGGAAACAUUAUCAAGGUGUCCGAUGGCACCCUGAGCAUCGUGGUGGAGGAGAUCCUGGGUGACAAGCAGCUGUGCGGCAGGUGCCUCAACGCCAAGAGCCUGGGCCAGACCAAGAACGUCAAUCUGCCGGGGGUCCACGUCGACAUGCUCGUCCUCACCGAGAAAGACGUGGACGACCUGGUCAACUUUGCUGUGCGCCACCGCCUGGACUACGUGGCAGCCAGCUUCGUGCAGAGCGGCGACGACGUCAGGUUCAUCCGGAAGGUCCUGGACAACAGCGGGGGCGCGUUCGUGCGCAUCAUAUCCAAGAUCGAGAACGAGGCCGGCCUGGAGCACUUUGACGACAUCCUGCGGGAGACGGACGGCAUCAUGGUGGCGCGCGGCGACCUGGCCAUGGAGGUGCCGAGCGAGAAGGUGGCACUGGCCCAGAAGAUGAUGAUCACAAAGGCCAACAUUGCCGGGAAGUUCGUCGUCACAGCCACCCAGAUGCUGGAGUCGAUGACGUCCAACCCCCUGCCGACGCGUGCCGAGAUGACUGACGUGGCCAACGCCGUGUUUGACGGCACGGACGCCGUCAUGCUGUCAGGCGAGACGGCCAACGGGUCAUUCCCGGUGAAAGCUGUGGAGACGAUGGCGGCCAUCGUGAGCAACGCGGAGACCGCCAACAGCUACUACAGCAAUGCCACGUUCAUCCACGACCACACGCCCAAGCCGGCGGGCCGCCUGGAGGCAAUUGGCGUGGACGCCUCUGCAGCCGUCACCGACUGCGAUGGGUUGCGCCACUGA